AUGAGUCACUAUGUAUCAAAGUUUAUCGACAGCAUAUCGGACGGAAGCGCGAGCACCCCUUUCAACACCGUGAAUGGUGGCUAUAGCCGUGGUCAUGGUCAAGUCCAAGGUCAAACCCAAGUGUUGCUUCUUCGACAAUCACCGUUCGAUCCGAACUUGAUACUGAUCCACCCGUCCGGGUAUCCCGUUGAAGCACCGCCGCUCUACACAGCCAUCAGCUCACAAGAGCGGGUGUCCGUGUAUCGAGGCGCCAUCAACCCCGCCAACUUGAUGGGUGUUGGUUCGCGCAAAUCGAUAUCCCUCUACGGACACGGUGGCUGUACGAUCGCCGUGAAGACGGACCACCUUUCUGGAGACUUCAAAUUAAAAUACCCGCCCGGAGGAAAGGGGUCCCUGAAAUGGAAGACGGACUCCAUGUCCUUCAGCUCGAGCAGCUCACUCAAGUUAGUGGACGGUUCGGGACAGAAGAUAGCGAGGCUCAAAAAGCACUCGUCGGAGAAGAGGCUCGAGAUCUACGUGCCCUGCGACGAACACUUUUUGAACGUCGUCAUCCUUUCGGGACUGGCUGUGAGGUUGGGCGCAAAGAAGAAUGAUCGAGACGCGUUAGAAGUCGUACAGGCCAUGUCAGGGUCCUGA